CAACAAACACAUAUUUUGAAAUAAUGGCCCUCGAAAGAGAAGUCACUGGCCGCCACUGUUACUGAGAUAUUCCAGGUGACAACUAGCCCCGGUGUCUCCUACAGAGUCUUUCCUUGUUUUAUUAUCAGCUACUUGAUUUUUUUGAUUUAUAUCAGUGUUUACUCGUGUUUUGAAAAGUCUGAGAACUCCUCACCUUUUUGACCACCUUUCGCUCUCUCUUUUUUUCUCUCUCUGUCUCACUUUCUGUCUCUCUUUUUCUCUGUCUCUCUCUCUCCAUCUCUCUCUCUCUGUCUCGUUUCUUCGUCCAUGUGCCUCGUGAGUUGGGAUCCAGUGCACAAGCGACUAUAAAAAUGAGUCACAUGUCUGUGAGCGGCAGCAGGUGCUCGUGCACACAUACGGUCAGACAGUCAGUCAAGUGCUGAUGAUUAUAAGCCAUUUUAAAACUCGAUUAAUCUCCGGACAUUAAUGAGACGCUGAUGGAAAAUAUGACAUUUUCCUUUAUUUGGGAUGUGUGUGUCACUCUUAAAUUGUUCAAACGAUGGCAAAAAUAGUCUGAGUAAUAUGUUUUUAAGUUUUAAAGUUCUCACGAGUAGUCACCGGCUUUUGGCUUUGCUUCAGUUUGGUUCUCUUUGAUGUAUGUUUUGUCUAAAUACAAUGUUUCACUGUCCUUCACCGUCAUUUGUGAAUUAUUAUUUUGGGUGGUUUUAUAGUACUUUGAGAGAGAGAGAAUAAUAUUGAAUAUAUCCUGCAGUAUCUUUUAUAAGAACUAAUUUGACUUAAAGCUUUAAUCUUAUCAUCUCUAAUUCUGUAAGUUUAUGUUGUGGCAUUGACUCAAUACAAUAUUAUUAACUGUGGCUUUAGUGAUUUGCAAAACCAUGAAAUCAGAAGCUGUUAUAAUGCAUUAUUUAUAUACAAGCUUUAAUGAAAGUUUCCAUUGAUUCAGUAAAACAUUUCUUUUAUUUGCAUUGUUUACUAUUCAGUCUUCAUUCCUCUUUUUCUUUUUUGGCAUUCUUCUUCUAAUGAUGUGUUUUCCUCAGCUGUGUCAGUGCACGUAUCCACGCUGGUUUCUAGGAUACUGGAAGAGAAAAAGAUGAUAAGAGAUACGACGAGCAGCUGUGUAUCUGGAUGAGCUGAAGUGUAGCCGGAUACCAACAACGGCAUAAACAUUCAACAUCAAACCUUCAAAAAAUUACCAAAGGUUCUUCUGCUCCGAUAGGAACGUCCUGUAAAUUACCUUUCAUAAGAGUAACAGUGAGACAGUGAGUUUGAGGCAGAUGGACUCCAGGACGAGCACUGUUGCUUUAUGACAGUAGAAAGGACUGAAGGUGCUGUAUUGAUUAAUAUUUCACAGGAUGAGCUGAUCCGAGACCUGUGAACAGGACAUUUACCUCAUGGGCGCUAUUGGAAACUCAGGUCGGUUCCUGAGAAAUGAACGAGAGCGCAGCCACCAACGAGAGCAGCGCGGGCUCGACGCCUUCCUUGUGGCUGGACUCCGAAGAGUUUGACGGCAACCAGAGCAUCGCGCUCUCGUCGGCAGGUCUCGCAUUCCACGUGAACCCGUGGGACAUUAUGCUGUGUCUCUCCGGCACCGUCAUCGCCUGCGAGAACGCCAUCGUUGUGGCCAUCAUCGUCUACACGCCGAGCUUGCGGAACCCCAUGUUCGUCCUGAUCGGUAGUCUCGCGACCGCCGACCUCCUCGCGGGGAUGGGAUUAAUUUUAAACUUUGCGUUCCAGUACCUGAUCUCCUCUGAGACCAUCAGCCUUAUCACGGUCGGUUUCCUGGUGGCCUCCUUCACAGCCUCCAUCAGCAGCUUGCUGGCCAUCACGGUGGACCGCUACCUGUCUCUUUACAACGCCUUGACGUACUUUUCGGAAAAGACGCUCCAGUACGUGCACCUCAUGCUCGUGGGCAGCUGGGGCGCGUCUCUGUGCCUCGGCCUGUUGCCCGUGUUGGGCUGGAACUGCUUGGACGACGCGUCCACCUGCAGCAUCGUGCGCCCGCUGAAGCGCACCAACCUCACCCUGCUGGCCACGUCCUUUUUCGUCAUCUUCGUCCUCAUGCUCACCCUGUACUUUAAAAUCUGCAAGAUAGUGUGCCGCCACGCGCACCAGAUCGCCCUCCAGCAGCACUUCUUCACCACGUCGCACUACGUGGCCACCAAGAAAGGCGUCUCCACGCUCGCCAUCAUCCUGGGCACCUUCGGGGCGAGCUGGCUCCCCUUCGCCAUUUACUGUUUGGUCGGACAGCGCGAGUAUCCUCCGGUGUACACGUACGCCACGCUGCUGCCCGCGACCUACAACUCCAUGAUCAAUCCCAUCAUUUACGCAUAUAGAAACACGGAGAUCCAGCGCUCCAUAUGUGUGCUCUUCUGCGGCUGCUUUCACACCAACGGCUCGUAUCGCUCCAGGUCUCCCAGUGAGGUGUAGCUCUACACACGUGGGCUUUUUGAGACUCUUACACAUUGCCUGUACGUGCGAAAGUAUGGACACGAUUGUCGCGCAAUUGCACUUUAAAAAGACUCCGGAGCGCGACCGUGCGUCUCCAAACGCUGUGAACAAGACGAACCCGCAACGUAUCACGUGGAGAAUGUAUAUUUAUAUUAUUUAUGAUGACCCAAAUGUUGCACUUUACUGUACAGUACUAGAUGCCAAAGCAGUAUUGCGUAGGCCUGCGUCUUUGGAGAGUUCGUGUGUGAUGGGUUUUAUAUCUCCUCAUGUUGUCACUGACUGUACGUUUUUUACGUAACAAUGAAUACAAAUAAAACAAGAGCUGAAACUACA